AUGUCUGAUCUACUACUCAUAAAGGACGAAACGGGAAUCAUAGCUGCCAGUGGAAACAACAAUAAUGAUAAUGUGACUUCCACAAAUAACAAGCUUCCAGAAACUCGUCCUAUUAUUACCGAUGAUGCUCCCAUAAUAAUAAUAAGAAGCAGCAGCAACAGCGCUCUCAAUCGGUUACAAGUGGAAAACAGCAACUCAAUGGAACCCAAUUCUCAGGAUACAUCCGAAAACUUUCUGGAAUUCAUCAUUGAUGAAUCAGCUAUUAUACAGCAGGCACCUGAUGGUACUAUGAUUGACAGCAGCGCAAUAAGAACAACGGACAUCAACGCAAACACUACUUAUUCUGACCCAACAAACGAGCCAUCCAGAGGGGAUUAUUGUACCAAUAAUAAUACGGCAGAAGCCAUGAUUGCCGAAAGGUAUCGACGAGAGUUUGAAGAUCUACUCGAGCGAGACGAGCGUGGUGAUCCAAUCGAUGAGGUCCGUCUCUAUUUUUUGGAGUUGUAUGCUCGUCGGAUGGUCGGGGAGCAACUCACUGAGGACGAAAUGAGAGAUCUGGAAGAAUUUGAGAAGGAGGAGCAUCGCCACCAGAUAUUAUCAUUAUCAUUAUUAGGCACACCAAUAGACGAUGUUGAUACGCUACACAAGACUGAGAAUGAUAGAGAAGAAAAAGAAAGGCAUCAUGAAGCGGCUGGGGAGCUCCUAGAAGAAUUGAAUGCACGGACAGAUGAUAUGUCGGCUAAAUCUCUCAUGCAACAAAUACUAGAAGAUGAUCUCAACUCUCUUGUUUCCGCGCAACCGUUGGCAACGGCGAAAAAGAUGAAAUCGAAUUCGAAUAUCUACGAAAUAGACCCACCGUGUCGACUUGAAAACUUGAAACUGUUUGACGCAGCAAAAGCAAAAUCUGUGUUAAGGGACGUGGAUGCUUCGCUUUAUCGGUUGAAACAAGGAGCAGCCCUCAACACAAAGAACAUCCGUCAAGAUGAGUAUUAUGCCAAAAAACGGAACAUCCACAAAUUUCCUCUGAAACUUGAAGGAGCUACAACAACAACUACUACUACUACUGCAAUCUCAAACUCUGGGAACUUGGUAUCGAAUCCAAACGGAUUACCAGGCCGCCGCCACCGUCCAACGUUGUCCGACCCACGGGUGUUGAUUGCUCAUGCGGGAACAAAGUUACAUAGCAUUGGAAAAUCAAACCGGCAGUGUCGACCUGCCAAGGAUGGACGUGGGGCACACCACUAUGCAUCGCGAAGAAUCCCACGUAAUAGUAGGCGGAACGUGCAAACAUCAUCUGUUAUUACAGCAGCAGCAGGAGGAGGGCCUCGAACGAACGUUUCGUCGCUGCGAAAAUUUCAAAAUAGAGAAGUUGAGCGUGUGACGGGAGCUUAUUCUUCGAGGCAACAACAAAUCGGAGUCCAAGCCAACAAUACUAGAAGUACUACUACUAGUAGUGGUGGUCUCAAUCGUAAAAAACAAGCGCGCAACAGAAAUGGGUUGCUGCGGCAACACGAUCGCAAGUCACAAAGUCAGCCAGCCUAUCUCAGCAACAGACGUCAAUUGCCCCACGUUGUGAUAUCCAAUCAUCAAGCUGGUGCUGGUAGGAAUCCGAUCGAGCAGCUGACUGCAAUCCAUCCUCGCACCAAUAGGACACGCCGGGAAUCAUCCAACGGGCAACAAGAACCUGCUGGUAUUCCAUCGUCUGAAAACUACAGCAGUCAGUUAUUAGGCUCCAAAAAGUCGACCCAACCUGCCGCGCAGAAGAGCACGCAAUUGUCCAAUAGACAUGCACCGCAGGAAGAAAGGGUCGCCGAUCGAUCGCUUCACUUACUUUCGCAGAUGAAUCAAGUGGAAAAUGUGUCUGUGAGGAAACCUGCAACAUUUGAUUCUCUACCAGCUGCUACUGCUGCAACAAGUCUGCAAAAAAGUAAAGCAAUCUCCAUUUUGCAACAAACGGGAGGGAAUUUGUCGACAAAUCACAGGAAAAUACACAGCUCCAUUCGCAAUGAGCGUUUUCUGAUGGCCACAGACCUAGCGUAUGACCGCAUUGUGAAAGAGAAUCAUCGCCUCGAACUUUUGUUUUCGAUAGCGGAAUGGCGCCAUGUCCAUGCCUUGAUGCUCUACGCCCGUAUCUUUCAAUGUGAGCUAUCGGCGGAGAAUAUUUUCCAACCAAAGGAGUUUAGCAUUUACGUUCCUGACAAUUUGCACAUCUUUGAGCCUUUGGGAGUUGUCCUUGCAUCGAUAGGAGUUGUAGAGGAAAAGGAAGGUGGCUUGUCUUACAUUCCGGUCGCAAAACCGCUCCAUGGAGGCAACUAUAAGCCUCACGACCCGAGCGAUGUUACGGUAUUCAUGGAAUGGUCACAAUACAAAUGGAAUGAUUCAUGGACGCAAGCCAAAGUCGAGCGAACGCGAAGAAAGAACGAUGCUCAAAGCCGCGGAAUCAAUAUUCCAGAGAAUGAGAAAAAGUCGCCCAAUCACUUGAGUAGGUUGGAAUGCUGGGAGCAUCUCGCUCUAGAAAUGUGGCUUGGAUGGGACGAAGAGCUCUGGUUCAGUUACGAAUUAUUUGUCGAGUCAGUGAGCCGAUCAUUCUUAUUUGUUGACUUUCCAAGGUCUCCUGCUGGAACUUAUGCCUGGCUGAUUCCAAGUUUCAGAAGCGGUAGCGGAUCCUAUGCGAAAAUUCCAAACCCGACUAUUGGAAAUGCCGUCUGGAUGAUAUCGUUGCUAUUUGAUCUUAGUGAUCUUCCUCCGCAAGAUACUGCUUCUUGGUUCUGUAAGACAGAUGCAAUCUCUGACAUUCAGGCCACGCUACUACAAUUCUUGGACUCUGCUGCAAAAGAAUAA